CAGCAGUGUUGGCGCGUGUCUAUGAGAUGAUUCAUGACGCGAGAAUCGCGGGCGGUUUCGUCGUUCUCGUGUCUAGAUAAGCUUGUGAGAAGACCUCAAACACCGAUAAAGUUUGCGUGACAGGCUGUUCUAGCUUGCGCAAAGGCCAACAUGAGUGGGGACGACUUGAAAGCGAGUGACGGGAAAGCCGGCGCCAACAGCGAGCUUGAUGCUAGGAACAUUUUUGAGGGAAUGUUUGGCAAGCAGUCGGCUUCCCCGUAUCCCAUGCUACCCACAUCACUUGAGGCGGAAGAGUACAACAUGUCGCACCCCAGGCGUGGCAAGUGCGUCAUCUUCAAUAACAGGACUUUUGAAAGCCACACAAAGCUUAGUGAGCGAAGAGGCACGGAUUUGGAUGCGGACAACCUCCGGAGCUGCUUCCGUGAUUUGGGCUUUGAAACAGUCAUGUACACUGAUCUGUCAUGCAACAAAACACGGGACGUUCUGGAGAUACUUGGAAAGCAAGACUACAAGUACGAUGACUGCUUUGUCUGCUGCUUCUUGACACAUGGCGACUGUGAUGUUCUGUACGGAACGGAUGGCAAGUUUCCGGUUGACACCAUUAUUGAGCCAUUUCUUGGAGAUGCCUGCCACAGCCUUCUUGGGAAGCCCAAGCUGUUCUUCAUUCAGGCCUGUCGUGGAGAUCGACUUGAUGCUGGUGCCCAGGCAGUUCUAGACACCUCAGACUCGCCUACCCGGAUAUACCGCAUUCCCACGCAUGCUGACAUCUUGGCCGCUUACUCCACAGUGCCAGGUUUCUACUCUUGGCGUAACACGAUGCAAGGCUCUUGGUUCAUCCAGGCCCUCUGCUCCGUGCUUCGACAACGGGCACAAUACGCAGAUUUGCUCUCGAUGCUGACGGUGGUUUGCCGUCAAGUCGCAUUCGACUGCGAGUCCUACACUCCACAUGACCUCCACAUGCACCGCAAGAAGCAGGUUCCUUUCAUCACCUCCACUUUGACCCGGCUGGUGUACCUCAAGCAGCGAAGCUGAGAGCGGCCUCCUCUUAGUCACACUUGAUCGACCAAGUCGAGCAAGACCACUUUACGUAAAUCACCGUAUUCGCAAACGCGCCUCUGCUGAAAGCUCUUCCUGAAAGAGGUCCUGAAAUAGCUUUUAUUGAAACGUGAGCCACGCACUAAAAUUAGUGCGAUACCUUUCAAGGAGUACUAUCCCAAAGAAAUAUUUGAGAGGAGCGAAUAAGAACCCAGUUACACUGGCUGUUUUUCAAGCGUUAAACAAACCUAAGAGAAAGAAGUCGUACAUUAUACAAGUGGGACCAAUGACAUAUUGUUCGUAGUUGUCUCGAGUUGCGCAGACUAGAUUAUGAAGUGCAAUUGACUAAUCAGUUGAACAGGGACUAAAGAGAAAUGUAAGUUGAGCCCUGUCUUUGUAAGUUACCCUUAUACAGUGCCAGAAAAGGCACUCUUACAUGAGAGGAGGCCUGACAAGCGAGUAAGCGUGCAAAAAAUGAAAGAUCGGUGGUGACAUCGCUUUCAAGUUCCUGCAUUAGCUUGCCAUAGUUUCACGGGUUUUGGUACUUUCUGCAGAGGUGUACUUAACCUUUUAUCGAUAAAGAUGGACCAGCAAGUUUUCAGAGCUUUUAUUGCACUGUAACUGCACAAAUGUAAAACACUAUUCUCAAAAACUCUGGGAUGUAACCCUGACACACCGGCGCCACAAUUUCAACAUGUAAUCUAAAAAUGAAAUUUUGGCCUUCACUUUCUCUUCAGAUAAUCAACAGUUUCUGCAAUAUCAAUAGGAACGAAGUUUUGAACAAUUGUAUCAUCAGUCUAAACUGCCUUAGUGUUUAAUUAUGCAAUGUUUGAAGCAGCCAUUACAGCUGUUUGAAAUAAGAAAGGCCACUUACCACCAACACAAGACGGGGUUUCGCAAUCUGUACAGUGUGGAACCCAAAGCAUCACUUUAUUUUAGAGUCAGAGCAAUAGAUGAAUAUAGGCCCUGAACUGAUCUUUCUCUUUUAGACUGCCUACAAGGUAGGUAGGGGUUGACCGGUGUCUAGGUGAACAUGUUGGAGGCAGCAUGCUUCCAUCUACUCCACUUGUCAACAUGAGGGAUGUGUAGAAAUCCUGAAAAAUGUCACUUUGUUUUGACGUUAUAGUGCAGCCUCCAGUUUUAAUAUGUAACAAUGCUUUUACUUUAUACCAGACGGCAUUAUCAUGUUGCCAUGGCGGUGAAGAAUAGAACUGCUACAGCGUUAGUUAAAGAUUUAACUCUUUAUUGGGUGUACUUGUGCCUAGCCAAACAAGCAACACUCAAAGCACAACGAUAACAGUGAGCAUAUUCGUCGAGAAUCCAAUCCAUGGGUCAACCGUGUUGCUCUGCUAAGCCCGAGGUGGGAUCAAGUCCCAGCCACGGCGGCCACACUUCGAUGGGGGCAAAAUGCAAUAACGCCGGUGCACCGUACUUUGGGUGCACGUUAAAGAUCCCCAAGUGGUCAGAAUUAAUCCGGUGUCCCCUACUAUGGCGUGCCUCAUAAUCAUAUUGUGGUUUUGGCAUGUGAAACCCCAGAAUUAAAUUUAAAAUUUUUGUGUCAUGCAUGUCGGCUACUUAUGCAUGACUAAUCAUGCGUACCCACGUAGUCACUGGUGUUUGCGUACCACUGCUUGCAUCGCACAUGUAAUCCGGUCAUGCAGGGUUCUCUCGCAAUAGAAUUCAUUACUAACAGCACUCGACAAAGUUCUGAUACAUGCAGGCUUGUCUUGCACUUGGUGAUAACUUUUAACAGUUGUGAGCUGUUGAACAAGUGUCCCUGGCAAAAAGGGUAAACAAGGUAUGUUUGUCCGUAUUUGUCAGUAUUCUGUUUCCCUAUUAAAAGGAGCACAAAAACUCAGUUUUAGAGUUCUAGUAGCUCUACCACACAUUUCUCUCAUAAAAGGAUGACGUUUAUCAAGCAUAAAGGUUAGGUUAGGCCUAAUUACAUGAGCCAAAUUCAGACAGCUGUCAUCCUCUCCCUCAUGGCACUGGUUUCCGUUUCUGAGUAUUUCCUUGAGAGUUUUUUCUUGAGAAUGCGAUGGCAGUGACAUAGGCCAAUACUCCCAGCAGUGCUGGCAUCCUGUUAGUAGGCCAAGAAAUGCUCUAUCCGAAUAUAAACUGGUUCCGUGAUGGUGAUGCGAUGGCCAGAAACACCAGACCUGAUGUCAUCGUCGUGAUGUCGUGACAUAGCUGAAUUUCAGGACAUUGUGCAGCAAUAAAUAUGUAGCUAUGAUGACGUUGCUCUUAGAAAAAGCAAACAGGAGAACUGCACCUGUUCUGAGUGUGCUUGGCAGCUGCAGCAAUUGCAGGACCAAAGUGAGCGAGCCUGUCAUGAUGUGUCCAUUGCCUGAUUAUAGAAACUGAGACUGGUUUUUAGAAGGAAAUAAUACCAUGAACUGGGGUGUUCUGAUGCUUCGCACAAUUUUUUCUAUGGUUUAGAAGGUUUGGACCUUGACUUGGUUGCAAACAAAAUGGGAAGUCAUAACUGUUGUGUCACUAUAACUAUGAGAGCCAAUACCCUGAGCUUGUCUAGACAAGAGCAUUGCUAACACUCAGUGAUUGUUUGUUCACUUUUGUGUAUCGUGCAGUAUUGACAGGAAUAAGUUUUUUUUGUGUGUGUGUUUCCUUGAAUUGUGCAAGUAUUCAGGCAAGUAUUCUUUUACUGCCUUGUUGUACAAUUGUAGCCAUGUCACAUAUGAUUUUUGUUAUUAUUAUUUUCAGGUUUAUGAAACGUAUGUUAUUUUUUCACUAGAUCAUUGUCACCUCUGCUCUUCAAUGUCUCUUUCUUUGCAGUCACCACAGACCCAACAGUAUACUCGCAAAAGAACAUGCGAACAGAGGGAGAGCACAUUCUUGUCUAUUUCUUCCCCCGCUAGAAAUAUUAUUAGUAUCAACAAGAAAUUAACUAGCCUGGCUUUUUGAUCGUCACAACAGUGUGAUAUUCGCUUUACUGCAGUAGCUAUAAUGGUCUCUUUUUUAAGCAGAGUGCUUCAGGUUGCAAGGUCAACACUGGCCGCGGUAGCCACAUUUCAAUGGGGGCCAGAUACAAAAACGCCCAUGUAAAAUCCAAGAUGGUGUGAAAUGCAAUGCGGAGUUUUCCACUCGUUAUUAGGUCGUUGAUUUCGCACUUAAUAUCCAAGAUUUAAUUAAGAAAUAUCCCAGACAAAGUGCAAUUUACAAAUAAAAUUCGAUCUCUCUCUUCUCUCCCCCUUUUUUUGCUCAAAACGAUUAUGUUUUUAGUGAUUGUCAUCGACAUCAUUGAAUGCAAUUGUAAAAAAAUGCCUGGAAAUUGAUGCUAAUUGGUGCGCAGAUGCACUGACUUGAGUAAGUUGGUCAUCGCAGGGCCACCAUUAGGCCAACACAGGUUUACUUUCACGAGUCUCACAACGUGGAAGGUUCCCGCGUUGCCCCUACUAUCACUGUAACCAUUCUCUUGACGAGGCCCUGCUGAUGUGGCCCUGCUGGAGCUAUGAUGUCUGUCCUGCACUCUGCAGUCUUCGAAUGUGCAACACUCUUGAUGUGCUCCAGCAUCAUUUGCGCCAUCCAGUACUUCAGCCCCUGGUACUCAAAAGACGGCACCUUUCUUGUGCCUUUGCGAAACUUCAAUAUUUUUUUUUACUGUGAUGUGUGUUUACACAACCGGUGUAUGCUCUUUUUAUAUAUAUAUGCAAUACACAGACGUCUUCGUUAUGCAGGCAAUUCGCAAGUGAUCAAUUCUGAAUGUGCUCCUUUUUACUGUUGUCGCAGAUGAUCCACUGUCAAUUGCUGUAUAAAGAAAUAAAUAUACAUACUGUAUUUACGCAA